CUUGAUCAAACUGGCAAAAGUAUCCAAAUCUACCAUCUCGACGAUUUUCUUCAUCCGACGAUUUUUUUGAAUUUUGGUUUUGCACAUUGCUUCUCGUUAUAUCUCCUGUGGUCUCCUCAGUUACCAGUUGUUUUUAAGUAUUUUUGCUAUUGAUUCCAGUGUGCGCUCUUGUAUUAUCGAUCAGGACAGAAGACGAAAUGUCUGAUACAGAGGAUACCAAGCCAAAAGCCAGUGGUGCGGGAGACGGUGAUGCCAAACAGGAGGGAAGCGAUGAGUACAUCAAAUUACGGGUGGUCGCGCAAGACGGGAACGAAGUACAUUUUCGUGUCAAAGCCUCGACAGCCCUUGGAAAGCUGAAAAAGAGCUACGCAGACAGGAUGGGGGUCGCCGUGGCUGCUCUUCGGUUCCUCUUCGAUGGACGUCGGCUGGAAGAUAAUGAAACUCCCACUGGUCUGGAAAUGGAAAAUGAUGAUGUAAUUGAAGUUUACCAAGAACAGGUUGGCGGGUGAAUACUUCGAAAGAAUGGGUUUCCAACUAAAUCCCAUUCUGAAACGGUAUUGAUUUAUCCGCACCCAGUUACGGUUUGCCCAUCUACAAUUUCUUUGGUUUUGACAAUAAUAAACGCUGGGAAAUUGCUGUCGCGGUUUUCUGCACGCAAUCACUUUUUGUAGAUUGGUUCUACGUUUUUUGACGCUACAAUUCUGCGGUUUCUCUCCUGUUUAUUUCAUGUUGUCAUUCCGUUUAAGCUUCGGACUGGUACGUUUUAGGUAUCACCAGUUUUGGUAGUUUUGAUUCAGUACCAAGUUAAUGCCGCUUACUCAAAGGCGGAUAUCUCGCCAAAGUUUUCGAUCUUCUGACAUGUAAUAAAAUAACUGCGCUUU